GGUGUGCCGGGGGCCAUGGCUUGGGGGGCGUGGGGCCAGACCCGUGGGGGCCCUGUGGGGGCUCUAACUCUGACAGCUCUGGCUGAAGGGAUCCAGGCCAACCAGGGACAGACCCCAGGUAGCUCUGUCCUUGGCCGUCAGCCCAGACAUGGGCUUGAACCUGAGUUGGAUCCCAAGAGUGUGGCUGCUGUCCCCGCCCCGGGCUGUGAGGCCCCUGAGGGACCCUGUCAGGACCCCCAGAGCUCCCGGGAGGAGGGGGCCCUUGCGGACCUGGGGGCGUACACCGCGGCCUGCCUGCAAGAGGCCGGCAUUGUGGGGACGCAGGCGACAGCGCUCACACUGCCCUCAGCUCCGGAGGCCCAGGGCCAGCCUCUGGAGGCCCAGGUGUAUGCCCUGGUGAGCCGGCUGCUGGCGCAGGUGCCCAGCCUGGCCGAAGGGAGGCCCCGGCGGGCGGCCCUCCGGGUGCUGAGCGCGCUGGCCCGGGAGCACGCUCGGGAGGUGGUCACACUGGGAGCCCAGGCCGGGGCUCCAAGGUGGGACGAGCGAGCCAGGUGGCGGCUUCUCCCCAACGACCCUGGCUCUUGGGUCACUCUGCCCAGGAGAAGUUCUCUGGGGUUUCCUUCUGUACAGGGACUGUGCCCAACACCAGACCCUGUCUCAGCGGCUCCCACCCCCAGGGCGGUGGCUGAACUGUGGCCCAGCCUGAGCCGGAAUCAGUGCGUGAACGGGCAGGUGCUGGUCCAGCUGCUGUGGGCGCUGAAGGACCAAGCCGGGCGGGAGCUGGAGGCCUUGGCGGCCACUCGGGCCCUUGGGGAGAUGCUGGCUGUGUCUGGCUGCGUGGGUGCCACGCGGGGCUUCUACCCACAGCUCCUGCUCCUGCUGGUCACGCAGCUACACCAGCUAGCGCGGGGCGUGCGCGCCCCUGGCUCCCCGAAGGUGUGGGGCCCCUGGCAGCGAGGGCCGCCGCCCAGCCAGGCCAGCUGCGCGGUGGAGGCCUUGAAGGCCUUGCUCGCCGGGGACGGUGGCCGCAUGGUAGUCACGUGCAUGGAGCAGGCCGGCGGCUGGAGGAGGCUGGUGGGAGCCCACACCCACCUAGAAGGCGUCCUGCUGCUGGCCAGUGCCAUGGUGGCCCACGCGGACCACCACCUGCGAGGCCUGUUCGCGAACUUGCUGCCGCAGCUGCGCAGCCCCGACGACGCGCAGCGCCUCACGGCGAUGGCCUUCUUCGCCGGGCUGCUGCAGAGUCGGCCCACGGCGAGGCUCCUGCGGGAGGAGGUCAUCCUGGAGCGGCUCCAGGCCUGGCAGGGCGACCCCGAGCCCACCGUGCGCUGGCUGGGCCUGCUGGGCCUCGGCCACCUAGCGCUGGACCGCGGGAAGGUGCGGCACGGGAGCAGGCUGCUGCCCACGCUGCUGGGUGCGCUGGGCGAGGGCGACGCGAGGCUCGUGGACGCGGCGCUGGGCGCGCUGGGGAGGCUCCUGCGGCAGCCGCGGGCGCCCGUGCGCCUCCUGAGCGCCCAGCUGGGGCCCUGGCUACCGCGGCUGCUGGACGACGCCAGGGAGUCGGUCCGCGCCUCGGCCGUGGGGCUUCUCGGGACGCUGGUGCGGCGGGGCCGGGGCGGGCUCCGGGUGGGGCUCCGCGGCCCCCUCCGGAAGCUGGUGCUCCAGAGCGUCGUCCCUCUGCUGUUGCGCCUGCAAGAUCCCAGCCGCGAUGCCGCUGAGAGUUCAGAGUGGACCCUGGCCCGCUGUGACCAGGCCUUACGUUGGGGCCUGCUGGAGGACACGGUCACUGUGGCCCACUACGACAGCCCUGAGGCCCUAAGCCGCAUCUGCCACUGCCUGGUUCAGCGGUACCCAAGUCACACCCCCAGCUUCCUGAGCCAGACCCAGGGCUACCUGCGGAGCCCACAGACCCCUUUGCGCUGGGGCGCGGCCGUGCUCCUAGGCUUCCUCGUCCAUCACACCAGCCCUGGCCGUGUCCACGAGGACCUGCUGGACUCCCUGCUCCAGGACCUGGGACAGCUGCAGAGUGACCCAGAGCCCGCUGUGGCCGCCGCGGCUCAUGCGUCCGCCCAACAGGUGGCGCUGCUGGCCCGCGCCCAGGCCUGGCCCCGCCGCCCAGGACUCCUAGACCUGCCCCUGCCUCUCCUCCGCCCAGGCCUCUGGCACCGCAGCCCGCCCCCCCGGCCCCCACCAGUCUACCCCAACAGCCCAUUCCAGCCCCGGAGCGUCAUAGGCCGCUGGGGCUGCCUGGGACCCGAAUGCGCCUGAGCCGGAGCCAGCCUGGAGGGUCCCCGGGGUCGCAGACGGGCAGCGCUCCGCUCCGGGGCCAGUCCUGGCAGGGGCAGGUGUGCAGGAGCGGCUCCCCUUGAGGGCCCCCCACCCUGGGCCCGGGCCUGGAUGGGCUCCAACCCUCCCUCUCUAGGGACGCACCGCCACAACAGCCACGUGAGCCAGGACCGGGGCGCCUUCUGUCCAAGCACCAUCUUGCCUGCAGCCCGCCUUGUCUCUUGCCCGCGUGGGCCCAUCUGUCCCCAUUCAGGCCAGCAACCUGAGUGUGCCCCACGCCCAGCUUGGAUGGCCCCUGCACCUAGCUGGUUCCGAUGGGGGGCAUGGUGACCCUGGCCCAACCCCGGGAGCUGGUGCCAGGAGAGGCCGCCUGCUUGCUGGGUCUUCACGUAUGGCCUCCCCACUCUUCCGCCCCUGCCUGUCUGGGCUGUCCUCCCCAGUGGCCCAAAGUCCCCCAUCACAUGUCCCACUCCUCACUGCCCUGUCACCAUCGCCCCCACACUCCUGUGCAUCGCGUCACAGAAAGGUCACCAGACCUUUUCUGGGUUCCCCCUGACUUCCCCACUGGAGGCUGGAGGUGGGCUUCAGGUGUGGGGUGCCACCUCCUGCCCCCUCCAGACGGAGCCCCCAGGCGGCUCCCCAGGGCCCUCCCUGGGCUGGAACGAGGGCGGAGUGACGGCACGUGCUGGGAGGAAGCGGCUCUGGGUCCUGGCGGGCCCCUCCGCCCGGAACGCCUGUCUUGAGACGUUCUCUUGCCUUCCCGGACCCAACCCCCAACGCCAUGUCCUCAGAGAGGCCUUGGCUCAUGCCGCCUCUUGGGGGGCUGGGACCUGUCCCGCCACGUCUGCGGACCCCCUUGGGGUCCCGCCUGUCCCCUGGGGGAAGUGGUUAAAAUAAAGACAGGUGCGUUACAGG